UGGGGAAUCACUGUACGCUACGGAACAUGUCGUACUCAUCGAUUCCUGCCCCAUCUGUCGCCACCGCGAAAGAUGAGCGUUUGGGACUACAUAAAGUCAUGGCAGAUGCCGCGCAAAGCAACCCUCGGAAACCUGUCGUAGGAUCAUGGCUAAUGCUUCCCGGAGCCUCUCUCGCACGAAUGACUGCUCAGAUGGGCUAUGAUUUCGUAUUGGUCGACUGCGAGCACGGGGACAUAGCAGAUGCUGCGAUGCAUGCGUCGGUUGGUGCCAUUGCAGCCCAGGGAGUCUCUCCCAUUGUCCGCAUACCGGCUCCUGAAAAUUGGCUCGUGAAACGCACGUUGGACACUGGGGCACAUGGAAUACUCUGUCCCAUGAUGUCCACCGUUGAAGAUGCGCGCGCUCUAGUAUCUUACGCAAAAUUCCCAGCUCUCAAGGACAAACGGACAGCGGAAAUGGUAUCGGGCGUGAGAGGUGUAGGCUCACCGUUCGCUCCGGCUGUUUUUGGAAUGGGCAUGGGCGAGUAUGUUGCCACCGCUAACAGGAACACAUUCAUUGCCGUCCAAAUAGAGACAGUAGAAGGCCUAAACAACUGUGAAGAAAUAGCCAAAGUUGAUGGCGUAGAUAUGCUUUUCAUUGGGCCUAAUGAUCUUGCUUCAUCAAUGGGAUACCCACCACUAGAGCAUCCGAAUAUACCUGAGGUUCAAGAAGCCAUCAAGCGUGUUUUGGGUGCUGCUAAGGCAGCCGGGAAGUAUGCUGGUAUGUUCUGUACAGCGGCGGAACAAGUGCAGGCCAGAUUUGAACAAGGCUUUGAUUUAAUGAAUUUGGGCGCUGAUGUUAUUGCGCUAGGCGUGUGGAAUGCCGUUGAAUUAGGAAAGCUGAAGAAUAUUCGAUCGUAGACUCCAAUAAUACCAUUCGCAUAUGCAUAGAAUCCCCUCUCCUCUGCCAAAAUCAAGCAUAUGAGGAAAUCUCCC